GAUGGAGACUUUCUGAUCUAACACCUCGUCGGGAAGCUCCUCCUCGAACAGCCACUCGCUGCACCGCCAUGCUGCAGCUCAACGACUCGAUGGAGCCGGAGAGUCCCGGCGCUGCCAUCCUCCACCCCGCGGACACCGAGGAUGGGGUGGAGGUCGCCUUCACGCCGCCGGAGGCCGACCGGAGCCUGGGCCACGGAGCCUCCGUGGCCUGCUGCCCCCCGCUGCAGACGCUGACACCUUUCAUCGUGCACAACCCCACAGUGCAGGCCAAGGUGAAGGACUACUUCGUGUUCAGGCCAGGUACCAUCGAGCAGGCUGUGAGCGACAUCAGGACCGUGGCUCUGCCCUCUGAGGAUGGAGAGGUGCUCAGUGUGUGGCUGCUGGCAGAAGUCGACCACUGGAACAAUGAGAAGGAGAGACUUGUGCUGAUAACUGAAAGGUCGCUGCUGGUGUGCAAGUACGACUUCAUCAACCUGUUGUGUCAGCAGGUCGUCAGGAUCUCUCUCAACGCUGUAGACACCCUCUCAGUCGGAGAAUUUGAGUUUCCACCCAAAUCCCUGAACAAGAGAGAGGGUUAUGGGAUUCGCGUGCAGUGGGACAGACGUCCCCGGGCCUCGUUCUUAAACCGCUGGAACCCCUGGUCCACAGACAUGCCAUACUCCACCUUCACGGACCACCCCAUGUCCCAUGCUGACGAGAAGGUCGCCUCUCUGUGCCAGUUGGAUAAUUUCAGGACCCAGCUAGUGCAGGCAGUGAAGAAAGCCCAUAAGGAUCACCCCAUCCCUGGUCGGGCUAACGGCGUGCUUAUCCUGGAAAGACCCCUGCUCAUUGAGACUUAUCUAGGUAUUAUGUCCUUCAUCAACAAUGAGGCCAAGUUGGGCUACUCCAUGACCCGAGGAAAGAUUGGCUUCUAAAAGCUGCAAUUUCUCCAAAUUACAACAAAAGUUCCAACCCAUGUGUCUGUGUUACACUGCACUGUCUGAGAGAAGCUGUCGCUCCGCUGCAGUGUAAAGAGCAACAAUCAGUGUUUGUAAGUUGAGCCCAUGAGAUUUCCACACCUCCUUAUGUCGGUGUCACAGACAAGAGGUCAGCCUAAUGUAGGUAAAUGAUGUGCAGCACUGCAUGGAGUGUCUACUCGUUUGUUUUUUAGUCGCUACAGUUCCUUUCUAUCAGGGAGCUGCUCACACAUCCAUCAUCAGCAGUGAGAUUGAGGGAGAUGAGUUGGAAAGAGGAGACAGCACUUGCAUCAAUUUAUCACCUUGGUUCUUGUUCUAGAUUGAGCUUCAUGCUGCCUCAUGCUCCUUUUGUAACCACUAACUGACAGACUGUCUUAUUAUGAUGGUCAGAUUUUGGUAUAAGAGUACUGACGUCAGGGUUAAAGAUUAGCUUUGUUAAAAAAGAAAAAAAAUACACAAAGAAGAGAGCAUUCAAAGUGAAACAUCAGCCAAGAAUAUCUUCCACAUUUGCUAUGGUGUUAUUCUGGAGGACUGCAUUAUUCCGACAAUGUGGCCAUAGCGUAGCUUCUUGGAAAGGAGCAGCAGCUGGUGGAUUGCAUUUAAUGGUCUCAUCACAUGAUUACUGUAAUAAAUGUUACUAAUAUGGAAACUGCUCAAAGAUCUGCACUUCUACACUGAAGAGCUCCAAGUUACACUUUUAAGUAUUUAUGAAACAUGUGCAGUAGAAAUGAUGAAUCACCUUCUUCUCUUGAAUUGGUCAGUGUGAGCGUCUUUACAUCACCACGUAUACAUUUGCCUGAAUUAUGUCUUUCCCUGUGACUAGGGAGCUGCUGUACCACUUGAUGAGCUGCACUAGCUAUUAUAGCUAAAUUGUCUUGUACGUUCCGAAUGUUUUAUGCAAAAUGAACUUGUAAACCAUGUCUUUGUGUUUGUAAGCUGCCUUCAUGGUUCUUCAACAUGCAUUCGUGUUAGGCAUUCAGAUGCAUUGACGUCUGCACAAAAUGAAUGACAUGCAAAUAGAGCUAUGUAACAGUUACUUAACUACACGCUGUGAUUCUUGUUAAUAGAAUUUAGGUGAUUUUUUUUCUUAAGCUGAACCCUAUUGUACAUCUUUGUGCUACCAAAGGUAACAGACCAUAUUUUCAUGCUCAACAAUGCCAAUGAUCUAUUGUGUCCCAAAAUGCCUUUCACUGGUCUUAACUUGUGCAUGUUUCUUGCACGUUGAGUUUGCAUGACAGAUGUUUUUUAAAAGUAAAUCCAAAAUGAAAUGUGUAUAUACUAAUAAGAUUUUAUUUAUGUGAAGUUAUGUUAACGUUAACACAUUAGCAGUUCAUAUUUCAUAGCCAGUUCUGAAGAAUUUUGUUCAGGGAUUUUGAGAGGGAUUAACUUAUUGUCACAAACAUGAGGAAAGUUACUUUUGUCCUAGAUAUUUGGAGCACAAUGGAGAAUAGUUAAUGUUCUUGUCAGGGCCUAAUCUCUGUUUGUUGUAAAGAAAUCUAUUUACAUUGAGUUCUUACUGCAACAAUGUGAUUAGAGUUCAAGAGGCUGUCCGGGGUUGGCUUUUAUAAAUGGAACAGCAUUCAGACAGAUGAGGCCUUGAAGCCAAGUAAUACGGUCAUAAAAUAUUUAGUCCCGCCUGUUAAUAUGAUGUUUGGAUUGUUGCUGACAUUUCAGUUUGGUCGUUGCGGGUAAUAACAAUUAAAUUAUACCAGUAAUGAUGCCGUAUUUGCAGAUUAAAGAUUAUGUAACUCAUGUCAUAAAGAACUAAUUUAAAAUGA